ACAUUCCGGAUGUCGGUAUUUCUUAGUCUCAUCUCACUCUCUCUCUUAUGAUACUCCGCUUCCUCCUGCAACACGCUGACUGAAUCAAUAGAUGAGUACCAUCCUGAGGAGGGCACAGAUAUCGCCGUAACACCGGUGUUACAGAUAACAUAACAGCAUGUUGUUCUACUCGGUGUCUCUCUGAAACCAGCCGGGGAUGAGAGAUUAUUUCCAGAGAUGUAGCCGAGGCUGCACACCUCCGUUACUUGGAAACGCACAGAAAAAUCUCCGCGGAAAGUUUUUCUCUUAGCAUGAAAGAAGUCUUAAGACAAAGCGGAGGCCGCGGGGCUGUUUCCUUACCACUUCUGACAGGCUGUUCCAAAAUUGAGGGUCCCUGAUGGAAAAUGCUGGGUCACCUUUAGGUUUUAAACCUCAACUUUGAAACAACCAGGAGGCCCCCUACCUGAGGAUCUGAGGCUGCAGGCUGGCUCAGAGGGCAUUAAUAAUUCUGAUGUAUAGCUGGAGCCAGAUCACUACAUGCUUUAAAAUGAUGAUGGAGGAAGUGGAUCUUUAAGUGACACAAUGUCUUGGGAGGAGUUCAUCGAGCUCCGGGACCUGAGGACGAAUAGAGAACAGAUAGAGCUAACUGGCUCACGUUCACCCUGCUCGCCUCCUCGCCUGGAGAGAACGAACGCUCUGAGGAUCAGCCCAGGGAAGGUCCCAGACCUGCUGAGCAGGGUUGGCAUCAUCAGAGUUCUGAGUAGCUCCCAGGACCCCCAUAUCCCUGAAGAGAAGGGAGAGGGGCACAACUUCCAGCCCUGCAGCCAUGCCCAGCCAACAUGGUGUGACCUGUGUGGAGACUUCAUCUGGGGCCUUUACAAGCAGAGCCUGCGGUGUGUCAAUUGCAGGUUCACAUGUCACUACCGCUGCCGCGCACUGAUCCGCUUGGACUGCAGCUGGGACCGAGGCUUUGUGUCUGACCACACAUGUGUUGUAGAGCACACAAUAGAAACUGACACAAAUGUGGAUGAGCAAAUCGAAUGGGGGAAGCAGGAGCUUACAACUCCAGAUAUUCAGCAGAAGGUGAAGGAAUACAACGCCCAAAUCAACAGCAAUCUCUUUAUGAAUAUGAACAAGGAUGGCUCCUACACCGGUUUCAUUAAAGUUCAGUUCAAGCUGGCACGACCUGUGUCAGUGCCUCCUCCAAAGAAAGGGAGUCAAGAUGCUGGAGGGAGGAGGGCUAGCGGGGUGAAACGCCGCACCUCCUUCUACCUGCCAAAAGACGCUUCCAAACACCUGCACAUCAGCUCACGCACUUCUGCCCGUGAGGUCAUUGAGGCUUUGUUGAAAAAAUUUACUGUGGUGGACAAUCCUGGCAAGUUUGCUCUGUUUGAGCGCAGCGAGCGUCAUGACCAAGUGUAUGUACGCAAGCUGUCUGAUGAUGAACGCCCUCUCCGCUUGCGUCUGUGUGCUGGGCCCAAUGAGAAAGUCCUCAGCUUUGUUCUGAAAGAAAAUGAAACUGGAGAAGUCAAUUGGCAUGCCUUCUCCAUGCCUGAGUUAAAAAAUUUCCUGCGCAUCCUGCAGCGUGAAGAAGAAGAACACGUGAAGCAGAUAGUGCAGCGAUAUGCUCUGGCCCGCACUAAGAUGAAGGAGGCUCUGGCUGGUUCGACCCCUGGCUGAGAUGACUCUGCAAUGGGGAUUUGAAUAUGCUCCUAUUGGCUGGAUAAUCAUGUGAAGAUGACCAGGCAUCGCUGCAUCCAAAGAUCCCGAGAAUUAAACCCAAACACCUCUUCGGUGAACGAAAGAGUGAGACAGGGCGCAAGACAAUGAGAGAGCAAGCUAGCGCGAAUGAUGCGUGUGAGAUGAUGCGAGAGAUGAGAAGUGCCUUACACCUGGAGAGUCUGAUGUGCCUGAGAGAAUGAGUUGAGAGAAGGGAAGACUGGCAGAUGAGGCUGUGGUUGUAUCCAGUGAUAACUUUUUGUCAUUGGGUACUGCCUGAUUAUCCUAUUUACUUCAGCUAGGGGAACUAAACUUUGAGUUUAGAUUUGUAAGGACAAUGUCAUCCAUAGCUUUACCUCCACGAUUCAGGGCUUAAAUCAAGCCUGUAAUGAGCAGAAAUUCAGAUGUAAUAAUGAUGCCUAAAUUCAAAUAUGUAAUGUGUCCAAUCAUGAUAUUACUGCCAAAUUUAAAAUAAAGUAAAUCUGGUCAUUAAAAUCCCCCUUGAUAACCUCAUAGUGACAUUCAUCCUGUUAUGAAGCUGAAAGGUUUUAGGAUUUUCUUUUGACCCAGCCUCAAAAAUCUGCCAUAUCCUCUCACCACCCCUGAUGGGUGCAACUCUUUUUUUAUUUUACUGUCAGUUUGUGAGCCUGACUUGAUGAAUGGACAUUUGUAUGCGAUUAUGAAUGUCGGAGAGCAGUGACAAAGUCACUCUGGUUGACUGGAACUUUGAAUGAAUAUACAUUUUCAUGUUUCAGUGGGAACUGUUUGUCAUUCCUUUAUAUUUGUUUUAUUCUGUCCUUUAAAGAAAAUUCUCUGUUUCUCUGCUCACUUUGAAUGUAUGUGACUAUGCACAAACUUAAAUGUUGUAGCAACCUUCAUAAUCUGAGAUUGUGCAAUGCGUUCAAGUAAAGUUUCCAUUUUC